AAACUUUUAUUUUUAUUGUUUAACUAAUGAAAAAAGGCGUUUACUUUCAUUGGCUUUUGGUCGUCCCAAACCAAGAGAGGGUUCAUUUUAUAAAUGGGACCUGCAUAGUCUGAAGUCUGAACCUCAUAUCUUGUAAACCGAACCAUGUCUUCUCGUGCCUCUUUCAUAUUCCUCUUCCUUUUCCUUUACUCCUUCCUCACUAGCUUCCGAGCUACUGCUGAAAUUCCCAUCUUUGUACACCAUUAUUGUCGAAAUACGACAAGGUAUACAGCGAACAGCACUUACUUCACCAAUCUCAAAACACUUCGGUCCUCUCUCUCUUCCACCAACGCCUCAUACUCCACCGGAUUCCAAAACGCUACGGCCGGACAAGCUCGGGAUAUGGUCACCGGACUUUUCCUCUGCCGGGGAGACGUCUCGCUGGAGGUUUGUCGUGACUGCGUCUCCUACUCAGUCAAAGAUAUCGUAACUAGGUGUCCGAAUCAGAGAGAGGCCACUAUCUAUUACGACGAGUGUAUGCUCAGAUAUUCUGACUGGAAUAUUUUCUCGAACGUCACAUUCACCGGCGAAUUUUUAAUGUAUAACGAUUACAAAAUUCUAUCUGAGGACCAAGUCCGGUUCGAAAACUUGGUGUUGACCACAAUGAUCGAAGUUGCCUCUGCAGCAGCCAACAGCUCUCGACGUUUCUGUACGAGAGAGACCACGUGGAAAGAUAACCUCGAUUUGUACGUCCUGGUUCAGUGCACUCCUGAUUUGACGAGUGAAGAUUGUGUGCGCUGUUUGGAUCAAUCCAUCUACAAAUCGCGUUUUGGAAGUGUUGGAGAGAGACUUCUUUUACCUAGCUGUAACUCAAGGUACGAACUUUACAAGUUCUACAACAAAACCGACGUUAAUACAACACCGCUGCCUCCACCGCCCCUAGAGGCGUCUACUCAUCCGGUGUCAUCUGCUCCACGGCCUAGAGUUACUCAUCCGGUGUCAUCUGCUCCACGAUCUAGUUAACUCUUUCAUCUUACCCUGUUUC